AUGCUUGCAGUGAACUCACUUAUUUAUAGUGAUACCGGUUCAUCAUUAGAGGUGUACGUACGGUACAUAUUUGGACACGGCGGUUAUGGUUCUGAGAAUGGUGACACUGUGAACUAUGCAACUGUGGUCAAGGAAGUGAAAGCAUAUUUGAAGAAAGGUGUUGCAGUGAAGGAAUUGCAGUCACAUAUUGCUGCAUUUCCUGUAUCUGCUCAGGAGAAGAUGAAUGCACUUCUUGAAGGAUUAUUUGAUGGUGUCGAAAAAGCGUUUGGAAAAGAAGCUACCAAGAGGAAGAAUCACCUUGCUGGUGCAGUUGCUGGAGAUGACGAGGGAUCGCAGCUGUUAUUGCUCAAUGCUGCUGAGGAGUUCUAUUACAAGAAAUGUAGCAAUGAGUUGAAUGAGGUUGCACUUAUUCUGAAAGCCCUCUAUGAUGUUGAUUUGGUGGAGGAAGAGCACGUCGUGCAUUGGUAUUCAAAGGGACUGAAGGGUGAUAAGAAGGACUCUCAGAUAUGGAAGAAUGCUCAACCAUUCAUUGAUUGGCUUCGGAAUGCUGAAUCAGAAUCGGAGGAAGAUGAGAAAAGUUUGUGCUCAGUUCAGAAUAUUGAAGAUUAUGAUAUCACGUUUACUUACUGUUAUUGUCCUCAGUUUGAUGUAUUUUCUUUACUGUUGUAUCCUUUUAUUUUGAAUAAAGGGUCUUGUUUUGGCCCCUUGUAUUACAUGAAUUUUGUUGGUAAGGAGGAUGGUGAUGUUGUGGCGAUGGAGGGAGAGGCGUUUGGCCACUUCAACCGUUGA